CCUAAUGUGAGAGCAAAAAACAUAGACGAAAUGAUAAACAUGUCUUCCUUCAAAACCUAUGGCAAAAUUGAUGAAGCUGAGCAAUUAAAGCUUGAAGCUCCUCAGAAGACCCGAAAGAGAGUCACCAUCAUAAGCAUAUCCUCCAUAAUUCUUGUUUGUGUUAUAGUGGCUGCAGUGCUUGGAACUUCUCAUAGUUCCAGAGAAAAUUCUCAAAGUGGUGGUACUUCUCAGUCUUCAGCUCCUUCUAUUAAAGCCGUUUGUGACCUUACCUUGUACCCAAAUACUUGUUACAGCAGCCUUUCUCCACUAAAUAACACAAGCCACGUUCAGCCUGAGGACAUCUUCAAGUUGGCAACCCAAGUGGCCAUGAAUGAAUUGUCUAAAGUUGCUCAAUACUUCUCGGAUCACAAUGAUUUUAAUGGUAGCACUGACAACGCAACUGUCGUAGCCUUGGAAAAUUGUGUCCAGCUUUUGAGCCUAGCAUUGGAUCAUCUCAAUAUGGUAUUGUCCUCUGGCUCAUUAACAUUGCUAGAAGCUGCUGAUGAUCUCAAAACUUGGCUGAGUUCGGCAGGUACUUACCAGGAUACAUGCAAAGAGGGCUUUGAGACUGCAAGUGCAACAGUUAAGACCAGCAUUACAAAUUGGCUACAGAAUUCUACUGAACUAACUAGCAACUGCCUUGCCAUCAUAUCAUGGAUUUCAAAUGUAGAGAGCUCUUUAAAGCUUAGACGGCUAAUGAGUUUUACAGGGCACUAUGAAGAUCCAAAGUGGCUGAAUCCUAAGGAUAGGAAGCUACUUCAAAGUUGGGACGUGAAGAAGCAGGCCAACAUCAUUGUGGCACAAGAUGGUUCUGGCCAGUACAAAAAUAUAAGUGCUGCCCUUACUGCUGUCCCAGAUAAAAGCACAAACAGGUUUGUAAUCUAUGUGAAGAAAGGGUCGUAUUAUGAAAACGUAAAGGUCAAUAAGAACAAAUGGAACAUUGUGAUGGUUGGUGAUGGGAUGAAUGAUACAGUUGUAUACGGUAGCCUCAAUAAUAUUGAUGGGACUCCAACAUUUUCAACAGCAACAUUUGCUGUAACUGGCAAGAGCUUCAUUGCUAUAGAUAUGGGGUUCAGGAACAUUGCAGGUGCAAUCAAGCAUCAGGCAGUGGCCUUAUUGUCAGACUCGGACCAUUCCAUCUUUUACCGGUGUUUUAUCAAUGCAUUUCAGGACAGCCUCUAUGCACAUACCAACAGGCAAUUCUACAGUGAAUGCAAUAUCACAGGGACAGUUGAUUUCAUCUUUGGAAACUCAGCAGUGGUGUUUCAAAACUGCAACAUACUGCUUAAAGAGCCUUUACUUGGCCAGCAAAAUACCAUCACAGCACAAGGCAAGUUUGACCCAAAUCAGAACACUGGAAUCUCAAUCCAGAAUUGCACCAUUUUCCCAUAUGGAUAUGCGAACUUGAGCUGCCAAACAUACCUUGGAAGGCCUUGGAAGAAUUACUCCACAACUGUAUAUAUAGGUAACAGUUUGGGGAGUCUCAUUGACUCCAGUGGAUGGUUGCCAUGGGUAGGCACAUCAGCUCCAGACACCAUAUUUUACAGUGAGUUUCAAAAUUAUGGACCCGGUUCAUCAACAAAGGAUAGAGUCCAAUGGAAGGGGGUGAAGAACAUGACCAGCCACCAAGCCAGCAAAUUCACAGUGAGUUCAUUCAUCAAAGGGGAUAAAUGGAUCCCGGCUGCAGGUGUUCCCUACAAAUCAGGUCUGUGACUGUGGUACAUUUCAUGUAAGGAAAAUAGAAAUGUGAUGCAUAUAUAUGUGGUUUCACUAACUGAAAAACAAAAGGAAUUCAUAUGUUUUUUUUUUUUUUUCCUAUUCAGUGUAUGGUUCUUUUAUUCAUCUUAAGACAGUCUAUCAAAAUAGACAGCACAUUACACAUUUGACAAAAUUGGAAAGAACAAGCAAUGCAAGAUCUGACCUUUUUUGUUCGCAGAUCAAAUUCAAAAAACUAACUGGGUCCCUUUA